AUGAAAAUCAUUUUAUUUUUCAGUUCUCUGAUGAUGGAGUUAACAAGCGAGUUAACAAUGUCUAUUGGAAGUAUGGUGUGCUGGAACUUUGGAGAUCAGGUGCGGAGCAGGGACUUUCAGUACCUUCUCCACUGUGUUAGUGUUCAGGAAAAAGAUCAGCUUAUGCAUGACCUCUGGGAGCAACACACUGAGGAGAUGAAGAUUUUAGAAGGUAACAUUUUAACUGUAUGCAAUAAGGAUUGUACUGUAGAAUUUCAGCCAGGUGCAGACAUGUCAUGGCAGAGCUGGGCUGCCAAUGAACUCAACCAAACAGCUACAUAUCCUUCCCCUUAUGCCAAUGUGCAUAAAGGUAACAUGUGCACCAUGGGUGGAACUAUUGGUUUCAGUGACAGUGACACCUGGAAGCCCUUCACUUUAGAGAAAAGAAAGUCACAUGUUGAAAAGGUAAGAAAUUUUAUGUCUUCUCUUCCUUCUAGUUUGACAGAAAAAAACAGGCAUGCUAGAAAGCUACAGUUCAUGGCUGAGAAUGGCAUCCGACAGCUAGGAUGGAUUGGGCAGUUUGCUGACCGGUUGAGGCCAGAACCAAUGCAUUGUGAGAUCAAUGCUGGGCAGCACUAUAUUGAUCUUCUUUACUUGGAAGCAGUGAUGCGAAAGAAAUUUGACCCUUUUGUUUCUGUUUUGGCAGCACCCUUGGGUAGAGGAGAUGAAGAUGACAUUGAUGAAGUACAACCGCAAAAGUCACUUGUGAAGAUUUCUAGCCUUGAGAGUGUUGGUGAGCGUGCUAGACAGCAAGACCUUUUACAACAAUCUGAGGAGAAACUGAGACAACACCUUGAAAAGGCAGGUAAUGGUAGUGUGAGGAAAGCUUCAGGUAAGAGGGGAUGUGGGCUUGGGUAUCUUGCCUCAAUAGUUAGGGAACACUACAGCGAUGAAUCUAACAGACAUAACAAGUUGCCAGUGAGACUGAUAGGCAAUCAAGCAAUUGCCUUGGCAAGAUAUUCCUACCGUCUUGUUGACACUUUAAAAUGUGAAAAUGAAACAGAGGCACAGAAAGCCAAACGGCUGGCUCUUGGAAAAAUAGGUGAGUAUUUGAGAAAUGCUGGGGGACUUUUUAACAGAAUUGAGACUAAUUCUGCUCAAGUUGCAAGACUGAAGGAAGUGUGCGAAAUGUAUUUCAAUCUCAUCUCUUUGUUUUUUCCUUCCAGUGUGAAUGUCACAACAUGGACUGUGGGAUAUGCUAUUCCCUGUCAUGCAAACUUGUUGUUUAAAUUGUAUAAGGUUGGUUAUGGCAUUGUCUCAUUGCAGGCUAAAGAGGCCAAACAUUCUGGUGUGAAGGAUGAUUUGACUUUAACUAACAGGUCAACUGCAAUAACUCCCAUUGGUAAGUGGUGGCAAGUUAUGAGAAGUAACUAUGUUCGCUCCUUUUAUCUGCCAGAACAUCAGCCCAUGCCCUCCUCUUAUACUUCACACUACCAGUCUCGCUCCCCACCCCAUUGUAACCAUUCAAAGUUUUGUAAAUGUGGUAGAGAUAAAGACAGACAUGAGCUCACUUGUGACGUCUGUCUGUCUAGCAUUGAGGUUGUGACCUCUGCAAACAAGAGAGAACUGACACACUCAUUGUUGUUCACUUUUAAACCAGUGGUUUGCAAACAGUGCAACACCCGUUUCGCUGAUAACGUAUUAUUGUCGUCUCAUUUAAAGUUCUGCAAUUUUUCUGGGUUAACAAGUUCAAAAAUAAAACCAGGUACAAUGACAGUACCUGCCUUGAAAGAAGCCUUGCGCUUAAGAUUAUUGAGUGUGGCAGGUAAUAAGGAGGUUCUUGUAAAACGUCUUGAAGGUGCUCUAGCUGGGGAAGGUUAG